AUGGAUGUUGAUGAUGAUUGCAGGCUCCAAAACGUUAUAUGGAUUCAUCCACGUAGUAGAGCUGCUUACGAGGAAUUUCACGAUGUCAUUAGUUUUGACACGACUUAUCUUGUCAAUCAAUAUCAAAUGCCAUUGGCAACAGUGGUGGGAGUUAACCAGCACAACCAGUCGAUUUUACUAGGAUGUGCAUUAUUGUCACAUGAGACUGACGAAUCGUUUAAAUGGUUUUUCAAAAAUUGGAUUGUAGCAAUGAAUAACGUUUAUCCUAUGACAAUCUUAACAGAUCAAUGUGAAAGUAUUGGAAUUGUUGUGAGGGAAGUUAUGCCAAACACUGUCCAUCGAUAUUGUCUAUGGCACAUUGCGACUAAGACAUCUAACAAAUUCAAAGGGGUGGCAGAUAUGAAAAAAUGUGUAUCUGAUUUCUACAGCGUGGUAUAUGAUAGCUUAAGUAUUGCUGAUUUUGAAGGUGGAUGGAAUCAGUUCUUGACUGAACAUGAUCUUGGAAAUAAUAAGUGGCUUAAGGAUCUAUUUAGUCAAAGAGAAUAUUGGGUCCCCAUAUACUUGAAUCAUAUGUUUUGGGUUGGAAUGGUGUCGACUCAAAUGAGCGAGUCUAUGCACGCUUUUUUUGAUGGUUAUAUCAAUUCAAGGAGUGCGCUGAAAAGAUUUGUGGAACAGUAUGAGGUUGUUGUUACUGAUAAAAUCAUGAAGGAGAUGAAGGCUGACUUUGAGUCUAAAUGUGUGAUCUUAAGGCCUGUAUCAAAGCAAGUCCGAUUGAUAUCUAAUUGCAAUGUGCAAGAGGUUAUUCAUGACGGAGAAGACGAUGCAGUUGGAGUAGAGAAGUACGAGGUCUUGGAGACGUGCAUUUUGCGUAACCGGUUUCAUAAGCAGGGGGAUGACGGAUUUCAAGGAGUUAAACCUCGAAAUAACUGGAAAUCGAAGCCUAGGCAAACUUUCACUGAAACGAAGAAUAAUUUUGUGGUUUUGGAGCAUGAAGAUGAACAUGUGAUUCUUGAUCAUAGGCCGAAUUUAUUGAAUGCUCUUUUGGUCCCUUCUACUCAUGAGGAUGAUGAGCAUAUUGAGCAGAUGAAUGAGGUGGAGUCUGAGUUGGAUUCUUCAGUUGAUGUGGAGAUAUUGGCUGGGCGGGAUUCUUCUCCUGUUCAGCGGUUAGAUCGUCCCUCGCGGAAGGAACAAUUGUCUAUGAGGGAAGGUCAGGCUAGGUGUGUCUUUCCUGAGCGAGAGCAGUCGGCUGAGAGACAGAUGGAUGGCAAGCUUCUCCUAAUCUUGAGCGUGAUUCGUCAUUUGGGAAGUCGGUGA